GGCGCCGAGGCCGAGGAGCGCUCGCUGCAGCACAUGCUGCGCGCCAUAGCGGAGGAGCGCGGCCGCCUGAGCCUGCGCCGCGAGGUCUGCGGCCUCGGGUGCUUCAAGGAUGACCGCAUCGUCUUCUGGACCUGGAUGUUCUCCACCUACUUCAUGGAGAAGUGGGCCCCGCGGCAGGACGACAUGCUCUUCUACGUGCGCAGGAAGCUGGCCUACGCGGGCAGCGAGGGCGGCGAGGGCAGGAAGCAGGCGGAGGCUGAGCCCGAGGUGGAGGUGGAGGUGUACCGGCGCGACUCCAAGAAGUUGCCGGGCCUGGGGGACCCCGACAUUGACUGGGAGGAGAGCGUGUGCCUGAAUCUCAUCCUGCAGAAGCUGGACUACAUGGUGACCUGUGCAGUGUGCACACGUUCUGAUGGAGGUGACAUUCACAUCCAUAAGAAGAAAUCCCAGCAAGUGUUUGCAUCUCCCAGCAAACACCCCAUGGACAGCAAAGGGGAAGAGUCCAAGAUGAGUUACCCUAACAUCUUCUUCAUGAUUGACAGCUUUGAGGAGGUGUUUAGCGACAUGACCGUGGGGGAAGGAGAGAUGGUGUGUGUGGAGCUGGUGGCCAGUGACAAAACCAACAUGUUCCAGGGGGUCAUCUUCCAGGGCUCUAUCCGCUACGAGGCGCUCAAGAAGGUGUAUGACAACCGAGUGAGCGUGGCUGCUCGCAUGGCCCAGAAGAUGUCAUUUGGCUUCUACAAGUACAACAACAUGGAGUUUGUGCGCAUGAAGGGGCCGCAGGGAAAGGGCCAUGCCGAGAUGGCAGUCAGCCGUGUGUCCACUGGUGACACGUCCCCCUGCGGGACUGAAGAGGACUCCAGCCCAGCUUCACCCAUGCAUGAGCGGGUGACCUCCUUCAGCACCCCCCCGACCCCGGAGCGGAACAACCGGCCUGCCUUCUUCUCCCCAUCCCUCAAGAGGAAGGUGCCCCGGAACCGGAUCGCCGAGAUGAAGAAGUCUCACUCCGCCAAUGACAGUGAGGAGUUUUUCCGGGAGGACGAUGGUGGAGCCGACCUGCACAAUGCAACGAAUCUGCGGUCCCGGUCCCUGUCUGGCACGGGACGGUCCCUGGUCGGGUCCUGGCUGAAACUGAACAGAGCCGAUGGGAACUUCCUUCUCUAUGCACACUUGACAUACGUCACUUUGCCGCUGCAUCGAAUCUUAACAGACAUCCUGGAAGUCCGGCAGAAGCCCAUCCUGAUGACCUAGAGUGCGUGCGGCCCUCUCGGAGCCCCGGCCCUGCUCAGCCCUGGGACUGCUGCCAAGUGCCUACCUGUCACCGCCACGGGGUCUUCUGUGACAAGCCAGUGCUGGAGCCACAGCCAGGCGGGGCCACUCGACUCCCGGGGCCAGGGCCGACUCUAGAACACCAGCCCAAACUGAAGUGCCUCGAACUCCUCCCUCUGGCUCUGCUCCCGCCCUGUGCCGCCACUCGCCACCCCAGCCCGCCUCUGGAGGGCCCUCUGCAUCCAGAGGCCAGAGACACCAAGAGGCCAUAGGAUAGCCAGCGUCCCGAAUGUGCCAGACCCACUGACCUGGCUCACAGCUGACAGAGCCGGACCCACCCCGGGCGCUCCGUGGUCAGACUGUGUGUCCUUAGGGAAGCCCAGCUGAGGAUUUUGCAAAGGGGUCCCGACACACCUGGGCCUCCAGCUAGUCCAGCUCAGCCUCCCCUAGUCACUGCUGUCACAAUAGGUUACUGCAGGAAGACGGGGAAGAUGGGAACUUGCUAUUGGACGCUUUGCCCUGGGCUGGAGCACCUCACUCACACCCAGUUCCAGAACAGCCUGAGCCAAGCAGAUCGCCCUGAUUCCGCCAGAAUGGCCUUUCGCUUCCAGCCAAAGAACACCACCAACACACAACCUCCGACCCGGACGCGUCCUGUUCUGGGCCUCGGCUGGAGGGUCCCCUGGAAUUUGGAUUCUUUGGGCAGGUGGGAGGGCUUGGUGGUCAGUGUCUGAUGUGGGCUGGGGUUGGCCUCCCCUCAGGAAGGUUCUAGGCCUACCCGCCGUCCUGAGGCCGGAGGGGGCUGGGCAUCAUUUCCUGUCCUUGGUGGUCUUUGGCUAGUGUGCUGGCCCCUCUUCUCAGACCAGCUCCCUGGGCAAAGAGUGGGGCUCAGCUGGGUGUGCACGGCAGGUGCAGCGGUCAGUGUGUGGGCUGCCAGCCUGGCCUUGCCCUAGCGCGAAGGAGCCGCAUCUGGUGACGCGCAGUGUGCUCUCGUGAGCAGAGGCCUCCCCCACCCAACAGGGAAUAAACUGGAAGCUGGGUCUCUUUGUUGCUGUUUUGAAGUCCCCCAUACUGGAGGGCACCAGUCGUUUAAGACCCUCUGCAGGCCGCAGAGGCAGACGGGAGCAUGUCUUCCUGCCUCUGCGUUCUGCGGGCUCCGGGAAUGGGGCACCACUUCGGGGCUUUCUCCAGAUUUUGUAUGUUGUUAUUAAAAGCGAGCUGUUGCAUUUCACCCUGCCUCCGUCUGCCCGCUGUGACCGGGGCCGGUUCCACCUACCUCACUCCAUCUCCAGGGUUCAGUGCACCACGGGUCAGGGCGCCGUCAGUCCUUCUGCAUGGUGUGGGUUGGUCAUUGGGCGGCUGCUCUAGAGGCUCGCCACCUCUCCCCCUUUGUAAUGACCUGUGUCAAUGUGGACCUCCAGCAGCGUCCGGCCCAGGCUGGAGCUGCAGCUCAGCUCUGAUGGUUGCGCCUAGGGCAGCAGGGUCAGGCCAGGCCCCAGAGUGCCUGCGCAGAGCCCUGUCCAGCACGCUCUUCUCCAGGGGUGCCUGACGCCGCUCCCGUCUGUGUCCAGGAUGGCCAAAAUACACCUCCUGCCUCCAGAACUUUCUCCCUGCUCAUUCUGGGCUGUGGACUUGUGGACUGGGUCUCGGAGAAGUAAAGCCCUGAUGUGUCUUCCAUGGAAGGACAAGGCAGUCCAGGGCGGCAGCAGGUAGUGGGUCCCCACUGUACGGUGGGGUAGCUGUGAGGAGCUGCUGAAGGCACGUGGGAAAGUGCUUGCGAUUUAGGUCACACCCGUGAGUGUAAGGCGCGUGAACAGGGCACGCGGUGGCGUGGAGCGCUAAACCCAACACUUAGGUUGGAUUGUUGUUCCCAUCUUAGGCGAGGAGGCAGCUGGAGGGGCUCAGAGCCCUGCCAGCACUGCGCCACAAGCAGUGGUGACAGUCGAGCUGGGCUUCAGCUGCAGCGUGGCCCACAGCGCGCUGCCCGGGACACGCAGGCACUCUGUCCUCAACCCGGAAGCCCUUCUCCAACACGCUCAGGGGCACUUGACAGCCAGACUUGAGCUGUCACUCCAAGUCAGGCUUUUUUCAGAAUAAUGAAUUUUAUCAGUGAAAAAGUGACAAAUGCUGGCUGGAACCAGAGCCCAACAGCCCCAUGUGGCACGCUCUUGCUUCUUGAAGGCCAUCUUUAGCUUUUCUGGGAACGCCCGUCUCCUGAAGAGUAGAGGGUGACGGAAGCAAGCAUACAGGUCCCGACUGGGGAUCGGGAAGCUUUCCUUUGAGGAAACUUAGGUGUCAGUUUUUAGGACAUUGAGAAAACUGAGGGUUUUCUUUUUUAAGUGUCCAGCUCCUGCACUCUGACGGGGCUGUGAGCCUCCAUCCCACCCUCCGGCAGCUCUUGAAAGAACAGGUGGAGCAGCUCUGCCUUCUGAGGUCUUACUGGAACUUCUAGGUGCCUGCAAAGAGGCCAGGCUCACUUUUUCAAAAGAAUAUUAUUUAAAACACAACUUAGCAGGGAAGUGGUCAAAAGAGGACAAAAAGCAAGCACUCCCCAGCCCACAGCAUGGCGGGAGGGUGGCGUCUGGCACUCGUGUCAGGAAUCAGGUUUCCGUGCAGCCCUGAGACCAGGAGGGUGUGCUCCUCCUGUGGCUUCUCUCAAAAAAUCCAGCUAGAAAGAAAUGGGAUAUUUUCCCUGUUUACUCACAAGUACAUUAGUUAGUAGGAGACUUUAGAAGGCAUUUCCAUCCCUGAUCCUAGUGACGGAAAAUACAUGUAACAGUGUCGUUCCUGGUAGAUUUAAAUCAUUGGCCAAAAUUCUUUAGAGGCCUUUUUUUAGAUAUCUGCCAACUUGAUAUUGAACUUGGUGGGUUUCACCCAGAAAUGUUUGCAGAUUUCCAGGUUAACUGGAAUUUCACAUCCAGCCUCAAAAACCAGAUCCCUUGACCUCUCCCUGUCAGGCUGGGUCUUGUCUUUGUACUGGGAAGCAAAUUACUUCUCAAUAAAACCAUCCUAACAGGACAAGGACUGAAUGAAGGGAGUCUUUGGAGGGCUGGGCAGCAGCCCCUGCUGGAGAGCUGCUCCAAGUACCACCCUGUGCUCUGCAGAGGCCGCUGGGAGCUGGGGUACCCCCCAGACCUGCUUUUCGUACUUUGCUUUUCACUGACUAGAUACUAAAUGAGCCUCCGUGGAAACAGAACCCACCAGCCCUCUCUCUGAGCCCACUUGGCCGCCACGCAAACCAGACCACUGGACACCUGUAGCUGGGGCUGGGUGGAGCUCUGUCUGCAGCAGGUGGAGCCCGGAGUGGAGCAGCAGGAUCACGGGGAGCUUAGUUUACAGCUUCCGAUCAUAUUCCCAAGGCCAUCAGGUCUUCUAUUAGGAUUCCGGACCAUGGCCUCGGUCAGUCAAAAGCAGCAGCGAUCCUCCGGCUCUGCUGAGCAGCUGGAAGCGUUGUCUGUUAGACCCUCUUUUGACUUCAGUCCUCCACUUUGCAGGUCAGAAAGUUUGUAAAUGGGAAUUUCUUAUGGUUUCCAAACUAAUUCUAUGUUUGAGAGUGGUUAAAUCUGCAAAGAAAAUGUUGAGGGUUUUUUGCCACUUUGAGGCAUAACUCAUGGUUUUUACAAAAUAUAUUUUAGCAAAAACAUCAUGCUGGCACACAGUGGGCACACUGGCAUGCUGAUUGUCCGUGGUGUUUCCAUAAAGGUCCCGGCUAAUUGAUGAGCCAUCUUCCGCCUCCAGCAGAAGUCAUCUCUAGGCAGGAUUUGCAGUUCCGUCAGCUUUGCUGUAUGAUUUCCUGUUUCUUUGGAAAGUUGCUUUGCAUAUUAAAGUUAUUUUCUCCUGGUUUCCUCUGA